AGGUUUAUAAAGCAGGAAAAAUAGAAGAUGCUGUCAUGUUGGCUGCACAUUCUCCCAAGGGUGUUUUAAGGAAGAUGGAGACUCUUGAAAAGUUUAAAGAAUACGAUGCAACUCAUGCAAGCAGUUCCAGUUUGGUGUCCUAUUGGGAAGCUCUUCUUCAAACAGUUGGCACUGGCAGUGAGAAACCACCUUAUUGGGAAACUUUAGAGUGUGUCAGAUGCUUCCUUGCGAGAGGGAGAGCUGAUCUCCUAACUCACUGGGUUGCACAGAAUCAGUUAACUCUAUCAGGAGAGGCUGGCAGACCGAUAUCUGAAGCUUGUAGAUGCUCUAACAGUUGUGCCUGUGGAUUAGCUGGACUUUCUGAAGCUGUGUUCGAAAAUGUUGGUGCUCAUAAAGAGGUCUUGGGUUCUCUACUCAGGCAAGGACGAUUCCACAAAGCCACUCACUACUUUAGAAAUAACAAGAACUUAACACGGACAGAUUUUAUAGAUGCCUUUCAGAAACUGCCACUGACGGACGCUAUGCUAUCUUUCUUGCGUGGCGAUGGCGAUGAAAACCGCCUGUUUUCCAUUAAUGAGGCUGCCGAUCUUUUGUCACAUGCGCUUGUGAACUCAUCCCUCCGCCAUGCUGCCAAUGGAGAAUAUGGAGAAAAGGAUCGUUCUUUAAGGCUAACGUAAAGGAAACAAAAACUGUUUGAAUUAGAGAAUUCAUCAGCAAAUUUGUUCAACACAUCGGAGGUUAUUUUGUUGAUAAAAACCAAUAACUCUAGUACUUUUCCAGUGUUUACCCUCAAUUCGAAUGGAUCGUACUUCGUUCGUCUUCAAAUCACGCUUUUGCUUUACAACGCCAAUAAAAUCGUCGAACACU